UUAAAUAAAGAAAGUUGCUCCGAAAUAUCCGCCUCCUUUUCUUAAAUUCCUAACCAAACGGACCUUUCCUUGCCAAAAGCCCAAAAAUUCCAGUGGCCACGGCGGACUGUUACACCAAACUUCGACGGACUUCUCAACGCCCUUUCUUCAAAAAUCUCUCCCAACUCCCAGCCUACCGCCUUCCUUCACUCACUCCUCUGCUUCAUCCUUCCCCUCUUCAGCUCUUCGCUUCCUUCAAUCACCGAGGAAGAAAUGCAGAGCGCCGCCUUCACCACCUCCCCUACCUUCCUCCGUCCGCUCCGGACUUCCCCGCCCUCCAACAACCCUAGGUUGGGCUUCCGCUUCGACCCAAUUCGAGCUACCGGCCGGAACGAUCUCGGCGCUGCUUCCAGCAGCAAUGUCGUUUUCCCCCGCCGGUCCUGGUCCCUCGGCAACCCUGACUCCAAGCUCCAGCUCAGGCCGUGGAACCCCCUGCCUCCGCUUGAGAAGAGGGCGGAACGGUUCGAGGUGAAGGCUACUGCCGAGACCGCCGGUGAGGAAGACAAGUCCUCUAGCUUCACCAAGACUCUGGUGCUCGGAUCGUUGUUUGGGCUUUGGUACCUGUUCAACAUCUACUUCAACAUCUACAACAAGCAGGUCUUGAAAGUCUUCCCUUAUCCCGUAACGAUUACCGCUAUCCAGUUUGCUAUGGGUACUGCUCUUGUUACUUUCAUGUGGACUUUCAAUCUCUACAAGAGGCCAAAAAUUAGUGGCGCUCAGCUUGCUGCAAUAGUGCCUCUUGCGGUUGUACACACGCUUGGCAACCUCUUCACUAACAUGAGUCUUGGGAAAGUGGCCGUUUCGUUCACUCACACUAUCAAAGCUAUGGAGCCAUUCUUCUCGGUUCUUCUCUCUGCAAUGUUCCUUGGUGAGUUUCCUAGUCUUUGGGUGGUUUCUUCUCUUUUACCAAUUGUUGGCGGAGUGGCACUGGCAUCUAUGACUGAAGCCUCAUUCAAUUGGGCUGGUUUUUGGACUGCAAUGGCUUCCAAUGUGACCAAUCAAUCUCGUAAUGUCCUGAGCAAAAAAGUCAUGGUGAAGAAAGAGGAUUCUAUGGACAACAUCACCCUCUUCUCAAUCAUAACAAUUAUGUCAUUUAUUUUGCUGGCUCCUGUGGCUCUCUUUAUGGAAGGUGUCAAGUUCACUCCAGCUGCCCUCCAAUCCGCUGGAUUGAACGUUAAACAAGUGUGCACUAGGUCACUACUUGCUGCUCUAUGUUUCCAUGCCUAUCAGCAGGUUUCCUAUAUGAUAUUGCAGAGGGUAUCACCUGUAACCCACUCAGUCGGCAACUGUGUGAAGCGAGUGGUGGUCAUUGUGAGCUCUGUUAUAUUCUUCCAGACACCUGUUUCACCUGUCAAUUCUCUAGGCACCGGAAUAGCUCUAGUUGGAGUGUUCCUAUACUCGAGAGUGAAGAGCAUUAAGCCAAAGCCAAAGCCAAAGGAAGCUUGAAAAAGUGUUGUGGAUAAAUUUUGUUUUUGCGGAAUUGGGGUUUCUUUCUUUCGUUGAUAGCCAUUGUUAUAUGUUUUCUUGCAUUCGAAGGAACGCAACUGAUUCAGACCAAGCGAGGAACUUCAGGGUUAGGCUGUGUAACUGUGUAAGUGUGUUUUUCUUGCUCUGUUUUCUUAUUGUGUUUGAUCCCCAUUUUGAGGACGAGGAUAUUGUGAUGUGGAGGUGGCUUAGCUGGGUUAGGGUUUUUACUGAGAAUAAUUGUACACGACCUGGUUAGGGCAAAUUUUAGUAGAGGAAAUAUCUCGGUUGGCAAAUUUCUUUGGCAAGUUGUACUUUUGGUGUUAUUGGACCACUGCACAAGCGUUGUUUUGUGUCUAUUGGUUCUUGUCCUUGAAUCUGGCCGGUAAAAGGUCCUGAUUCAUGCAUAGUUUCCAUG